AUUUGAAAAAACAACUUACCUGAUCCUUUUGAAAAGGCAUCAUGUCGCGCAUUUUAAAAUGGCUGCAUGCUAAUACCUCUGCUGCAGUGUCUCGAAACUAGAAAAAUUGAAUCAUAUAUAUAAUAUGCCUGUAAAUGAAUUCCCUCAAAGAUGGUUUCAGAGUUCAAGUCCACUCCAUAAAAUCAGGUUGUAUAUUACCCGUCUUCACCUCCAAUAAACUCAUUCACUUAUACUCCAAACAUGGUCUCGCACGAGAAGCACGAAAUCUGUUCGAUGAAAUGCCGGAGAAAAACGUUUUCUCUUGGAAUGCUAUAAUCUCCGCGCACAUUAGAACCCAUAAUUUAACACAAGCAAAGGCUAUAUUUGACUCUGCUUCUGUUAGAGAUUUGGUUACCUAUAAUUUAAUGUUAUCGGGUUAUGUAAGGGUUGAUGGGUGUGAAUCAUAUGCCCUUGAUUUGUUUAAAGAAAUGCCACGUAACCGUUCUAAGGUUGGAAUCGAUGAGUUUAGUCUUACAACAAUGGUUAAAUUGUUCGCUAAGCUAUCUAUGUUGUGUCACGGAAGGCAGGUACAUUCAUAUAUGGUUAAAACAGCUAAUGAUAAAAGUGGGUUUGCUGUUAGUUCUUUGAUUGACAUGUAUUCAAAAUGUGGGUGUUUUAAAGCCGCUCUUGAGGUUUUUAAAGGAUGUGAAAGAGUUGUAGAUUUGGUUUCGAAGAAUGCUAUGGUGGCAGCUUGUUGUAGAGAAGGUGAAAUGGAUUUAGCUUUGAAGCUGUUUUGGAGAGAGAAUGAGUUGAAUGAUACAGUUUCUUGGAAUACUUUGAUUUCAGGUUAUGUUCAAAACGGAUACGCGGUAGAAUCAUUCAAAUCAUUUGUUCGCAUGAUGGAUAAUGGUGUUAUGUGGAACGAACAUACUUUUGCUAGCCUUUUGAGUGCCUGUUCUGGUUUAAGGAACUUGAAGCUUGGAAAGGAAAUCCAUGCUUGUGUAUUAAAAAAUGGGAUGGAUUCAAAUCCUUAUAUAGAAAGUGGAAUUAUUGAUGUUUAUUGCAAGUGUGGGAAUGUGAAAUAUGCCGAAUCGAUAUAUUUAGGUAGUAGGAUUGGAAGUCCAUUUUCAACAAGUUCUAUGAUUGUGGGGUAUUCCUUACAAGGGAAUAUGGCGGAAGCUCGUAGGCUUUUUGAUUCUUUGGAAGAGAAAAAUGCUAUUGUUUGGACGGCUUUGUUUACUGGGUAUGUCAAGUUACAGCACUGUGAAGCUAUUUUUGAACUUUUCAGUGAGUUUAGGUCCAAGGAAGCAAUGGUUCCUGACAGUUUGAUUCUUAUCAGUGUGCUUGGAGCCUGUGCAUUGGAAGCUGCACUUAGUCCAGGAAAGCAAAUUCAUGGUUAUGUAUUUAGAAUGGGGAUUACAAUGGAUAAAAAAAUGAGCACUGCUAUGGUCGAUAUGUAUUCAAAAAGUGGGAGUACAGCAUAUGCAGAAAAAGUUUUCCAAAAUGUUAAUGAAAGAGAUUCUAUCCUUUACAAUGUAAUGAUGGCUGGUUAUGCUCAUAACGGACAUGAGAUUGAAGCUAUCCAGUUGUUUCAGGAAAUGCUGGAGAAAGGAGUCAGACCAAAUGUAGUUACUUUUGUUGCGCUUCUAUCUGCUUGCCGUCACUGUGGACUGGUAGAUUUAGGUGAAAAAUUCUUUUAUUCCAUGACUGAAGAAUAUAAUAUACUGCCUGAAAUUGAUCAUUACACAUGUAUGAUUGAUCUUUACGGACGGGCUAAUCAACUAGAAAAAGCAGUAUCACUAAUGAACAGAAUCCCCAUAGAACAACAGGAUGCUGUAAUCCUGGGGGCAUUCUUAAAUGGCUGUAGGCUAAAUAGGAACGCAGUAUUAGCAAAAGAAGCAGAGGAGAAACUGUUAAAGAUGGUGGGAGAUAAUGGCGCACGUUAUGUGCAGCUGGCUAAUGUUUAUGCAGCAGAAGGGGAUUGGGUUGAGAUGGGAAGAAUAAGGAAGCAGAUGAGAGAAAAGGAGGCCAAGAAGUUUGCUGGUUGCAGUUGGGUAUACCUUGAUAACAGAGUUCAUAUAUUUACCUCUGGUGACAGAACUCACAAGAAAGUAAGCUCUAUAUAUUUGAUGUUAGCUUGCUUGACUGCAGAACUAUAUCAAGUUUCUGGGGACACACUGCUGAGAAAGGCAGCAUUGUUCUGACUGUUAAACAUCCCAAAAGCAUAUUGUAGAGGAUGGAUUUCAUCAAUUAUGUUCAGGAGCUGCACCGCGGGGGUUGUUUUACCUGUGUACUCGACUUUCAAGGCUAUCGAGAACAGAGAUUUGAUUGACCAACAAAAAUGGCUUCUCUAUUGGGC